GUCGUCGUCAUCAGGUCAGAGGUCAAACUCCGUCAGCAGCAGGUCACACAGCAGCUGAAGGGCAGGUUCAAUAACGUUACGUCGCACUUGAUCUUCUGCCAGCGAAAAUGUCGUGGAGAUGUUUCAACCAGCCAUGGCUUGUUCUGGAUAGAAUAUUCAACCACCCAGCAGGGCAUGAAUGUUACACCGUCCGCGCUACCGACUGUCGGUUUCCAGAAAACGCCGACAUGCUUGUAUCAAGGAUGGAGUCCGAGCUGUGGGACGAUUUCAGUCCAGAGGAGAAGGAUCCUGUAUAUCCAAAUCAUCAAGAAUGGUGGUUUUCUACUCUUUCUUCCCCUCUGGAUUUGCCUCUACUGUUCAAUGCCUCACUUCGAUCCCCUGCAACAUCUUGGUCUCCACCCCACAGAGCUCUAAGGACCAGGUUUGUGCCCCCAAAUCAGUGGAGAACCAGGAAAGCUGCUGCAUGGCAGCCCUAUAAGACCAGACAAUACCAUGGAUGGAGACCAUCUGUUUCCAUGCAAGGCGGGUGUGGCUGCAACUGUGGCCCAAGAAGAUACAGACAAAGGAGAUGGAGACCAAGAAGAUGCCAGCCAGAAAGAUACAGGCCAAGAGUGACAUCUUCGGAGCAUCUUCCUGUGGCCAUCCAGCCUACAAAGUGGUACCAGGUUGUCGGGAGUAUGCAGUGCAGCAACUGCAAAGCCCAGGGGAGGCACCAAAUGACGUCUUGGAUGUGUCAGAGAUGCGAGGUUCCACUUUGUCUGAAGCCAUAUAGGAACUGCUAUACCAAGUGGCACGGUCAGGGAUGUGAGCUCAGAGGGUGGAGGUUGCCUUUCCAGGAGGAAAGGCAGUGAAAGUUUAUUCUCCUGUGAUGCGAUGAGUUCUUGUGUUGAGCUGUGGAACCUCAGUUAGCCUGCAGGUUUUUCUUGUUUAUCCUUUACUCUCAAAUCUGUUGUUAACUUGCAAGAUGCUGAAUAUUGUGAUGGAGAGUAUUGCUUUAUGUUUACAUGAGGGACAUCACUUAUUUUGACUUUUUCUGAGUUCCUUAAAGAUUAUUUAUAACAAGAAAAAAUCUCAGAAGUUGCAAAGGAGAAAAUGUUUUAGGGGGUGCACAACUGGUGUGCACUCCAUUGUUACUCAUAUAUUCCCUCUGUGAUUAGCCUAUAUAGAUGUUAGGGAAAACGGUUUCAAUAAAGUUUUCCCGUUUCUGUAAAUGUUUGUUUCUGAUUAAAUUGCAGAGAAGUUGUA